GAUAUACAUUAAUGGUUAAUGUAUAUACCAUAGACAAGUUCCAAGCUCUACAAUGAACAAUAUUUCAUCUCAUGAUUUUAUUCUUAAUUGUUGUAUCGAAACUAUUACAAUGCAUUGAUUAUAAGAAAAACUUGUACAAGAUUGCAUUAAGUUACGUUGGUGGGAAGAAACAAACAGUGGAAGACCGACGUGAUAGUUGAGCAUUUUUUCUGUGCUAAAAUGGCUUCUUCGUCGUUGAAAAGCACUCGGAAAACUUAUAGCUUCGAGGAACGAGAAAUUUUGAUAACCUUGAUAAAUAAGUACGAAGAUAUCGAAGAUAAAAGGUCCGAUCCAAUAUCGAUGUAUAAACGAAAAUCAGCAUGGUCUCAAUUGGCCAACGAAUACAAUUCAAUGGUAGGUCCACAAGGAAUACGUUCAGCUGUACAGUUAAGACGCUGUUGGGAAAACAUGAAAGCAUGUAAACGAAAUCGCGAAGAGAAGAAAUUGCGCGGUGUUUCAAAAAAUUUUUGUCAUCUGUCCAAAGAUCACACACGGUCAAAAAGUUGGGAAAAUAGAAAUUCUAUACCGGAUGUUCCCAUUCCUACCGGAACUAUAGGUUUACCGCCAAAUGUUAUGUUUGAACCAAAGGAAUCUGAACCAUUUACGUUGCAAACUGUGUGUACUAUAAAACCUUCGAAACAAAUCUCGAAAGAGGAAAAUAAUUGUAAAGAUACAGAUUCCAUCAGCAGUAAAAUCGAUUCGAAUUCGUUAUCAUACGGUCCAGUGACUGACUGUUUCGACAAAUCUAAAAAAGAUUUGGAGUCACCUGUGCCGGAACAAUUAGACAAAGAUGAAACGGUGGAGAAAAAUCGACUUAUUUUCAAGUCAAAUGCAACACAAACGAUGUUUUCCCCUUCAAUUGUUCACGAACAGCCCCGAAGGACGAAAAGAUCCCUUCACAAAGAGGAAGAGUUACACGUAUUGGCUUUAUCGGAGGCACAGAUGAAAGUUGAUAUCGCUGCUAUGUUAAAAGAGGAGGCCAGGAUCAAAUUAGAAGAGGCCCACUAUCGUAAAGAAGAGGCUAGGCUAAGGAUGCUUCUUUUUACUUAUAAGUUAGAUAGGAUAAAGGAAGAUUGACCGAAGAGAAUAAAAUGAAUAUAUUCAUGAUGGCUUCGUGCGAUGUCUUUAUUCAUUUUAUUUUAUAGGAAUAAAAAAACAGG